AUGCUCUCUCACCGGCACGAGCUGCCCUGCCUUCUGUCUGAGCACCAGAUCUACACCUGUGGCAAGAAACACGGGCAGCUGGCCUGCACCUCCCCGAUGCAUAUCGUGCCCAGCACCAAGAACCCACCCCAGCUGUUCUGCAAACUCACCCUGCAGCACAUCAACAAGUCCCUGGAGCACCCGUUCAGGCCUACCCAGUGCCAGCGGUACCAGAGAGCUGUCGAAGAGUGCCAGGAGCAGCGCAUGGAAUGUGUGCCCGUCUGCCUGCCUCUUGCACAAAAGGAAAAGGAGGGAGACCAGAUGCAUAGCUCCGGGCCACCCCGUCCGAGAGAAGCCUUCUGGGAACCCAUGUCCAGUGAUCACGGAGCAGCUGUGAGCGACAGCGAGGACAGCACGACACACCUGCACCUGCCUGAGUUGUUCACCAGAAAGGACCUGGGAGGGACUGAGCAUGGGGACAGCACCGACGACUUUUUGCCAGAGGAGGAGGGUGAGAAGCCAAGGAAUCCAGGGGAGAAGAGCCCUGGGGCCAGAGAAGAGAUGGAAGUAGACAGGGACAGGGUUCUCAAGCACUGGGAGAAGAGCUCAAUGGAAGCUCAAUGGGCUCACGGAAGUUCAAAAGUCAUCACCAUAAACUUGGGGCACCUGGGGUGGCUCGGUUGGUUGAGCCUCCCCAAAGGUCAGGAGCUGGGAAUCCCGGGGCUGCCCGGCCUGCAAAGAGGGGACGUUUGCAGCUCUCCACCUCCCUCCCGCGGACACACCCAUGUCCCCUCUCCAGCACCGGAUCCUUCCCCUCCCACCAGCGCUUGCCGACCCCGCGGGAGGGCGUCGGAGUUGCGGGCGCGGGUAGCUCGGGUAGCUCGCCGAUACUCACCCUAG